GAUCCGCCGCACCGGACGAGCCCUCAGCGCGCUUCCUCCUGUGGUAAACAUGGCGGCGGCAGAGGGGGCACGCAGUGGCCGGAGGAAGACGGGACGCUCCCGUGGGAAAUAGAUAUUUUUCUCGGGAAGAGAAGCUGCUUGUGCCGCCUUAUCUCUGGCCGCUGCUGACUCGGACGCUCGGAGAACCGGCGGCCACUCGGGGAGCGGAGCGGAGCGCUCAGCGCGUCCCCUCAACGAGCUGCCUCAGGCUCAGCUCUGCCAGGCUCACACACACACACGGCUGCUGGUCACUCACUGUCCUGCCGUCGCUCCCGCCAGCAGCUGAGCUGCGCCGCAGGACGAGGCUCACCGUUCGUUCCGCGAAGGACAGAGGCCUCGCCUACGGGGGAUGUGACCGAGCCGGGGGGCUGCCAGCGGAGGGGCGGCUUUGGUCCUGCGGCUCAGCGCUAGUAGGGACUACGAGGGGGGCAAUGGGGCAGCAGGUAGGCCGUGUCGGGGAGGCAGCUCCGCCGGGGCUCCAGCCGCCUCAGCCUCAGCCUCAGCAGGGGCUCCAAGGGAAGGCGAGCCGGAGCGCCGCUGGAGCCGCCAGAAGAGGAGCGGCCGCGGGCGGAGCGCAGACCGGUAGGAGCGCCGUCGCUGUGGGCCUCUCGGACCCGGCAAUCAACGUGUUCACCCAGCACUCAGAGGCCCUUCACCGCCCGUUCGGCCUGGAACACGACUCCGCCCUGGCCGAGGCAGGCCGCUGGGGCUCUAAGGAGAACUUGCUGGGUGCCACUGAGAGCGACCCCAACCUCUUCGUUGCACUUUACGACUUUGUCGCCAGUGGCGACAACACGCUGAGCAUCACUAAAGGUGAAAAGCUGCGGGUUCUGGGCUACAAUCAAAACGGCGAGUGGAGUGAGGUGCGCUCCAAGAAUGGGCAGGGCUGGGUGCCCAGCAACUACAUCACACCGGUAAACAGCCUGGAGAAGCACAGCUGGUACCACGGGCCCGUAUCCCGCAGCGCCGCCGAGUACCUGCUCAGCAGCCUCAUCAAUGGCAGCUUCCUGGUGCGAGAGAGCGAGAGCAGCCCUGGUCAACUGUCCAUCUCGCUGCGCUACGAGGGCCGGGUUUACCACUACCGCAUCAACACGGCAUCCGAUGGCAAGGUCUAUGUGACAGCAGAGAGCCGUUUCAGCACUCUGGCCGAACUGGUGCACCACCACUCCACGGUGGCAGAUGGCCUUGUGACCACACUGCACUACCCAGCGCCCAAGUGCAACAAGCCCACCAUCUACGGGGUCUCGCCCAUCCAUGACAAGUGGGAGAUGGAGCGCACUGACAUUACUAUGAAGCACAAGCUGGGAGGUGGACAAUAUGGGGAGGUGUAUGUCGGUGUCUGGAAGAAGUACAACCUCACUGUGGCAGUAAAGACUCUGAAGGAGGACACCAUGGAAGUGGAGGAGUUCCUUAAAGAAGCUUCAGUUAUGAAAGAGGUCAAACAUCCCAACCUCGUACAGCUGCUGGGCGUCUGUACACUGGAGCCCCCUUUCUACAUUGUGACAGAGUACAUGCCCCACGGGAACCUUCUGGACUACCUGCGCGAGUGCAACCGCGAGGAGGUGAAUGCUGUGGUGCUUCUCUACAUGGCCACACAGAUCUCUUCGGCCAUGGAGUACCUGGAAAAGAAGAACUUCAUCCACAGGGACCUGGCAGCAAGGAACUGCCUGGUGGGCGAGAACCAUGUGGUGAAGGUUGCCGACUUCGGCCUAAGUCGCCUCAUGACCGGGGACACCUACACAGCCCAUGCCGGCGCCAAGUUUCCCAUCAAGUGGACUGCCCCAGAGAGCCUUGCCUACAACACCUUCUCCAUCAAGUCUGACGUUUGGGCAUUUGGGGUGCUGCUUUGGGAGAUAGCCACCUAUGGCAUGUCCCCCUACCCAGGCAUCGACCUUUCUCAGGUAUACGAUCUGCUGGAGAAAGGCUACCGAAUGGAGCAGCCGGAGGGGUGUCCACCCAAGGUGUACGAGCUCAUGAGAGCCUGCUGGCAGUGGAGCCCAAUGGAUCGACCAUCCUUUGCUGAGAUACAUCAGGCCUUUGAAACCAUGUUCCAUGACUCCAGUAUCUCUGAAGAGGUGGCAGAGGAACUGUGUAAGACAGCCACAUCUUCCUCAUCCAGUCGUUUCAUCCCUGGAAAGCCGCUCUUGCCCCUCAAGCCUCGUUCCCCAAAGAAACACAUAGACAACAAGGAGAACAUUGAAGAGCGGCAGGAGGCCCUCGGACUCAGCGGCACAUCAGGUCUGACGGCUAAUCUUCUGGCCGACAAUGGCACGGGAACCUCUCCAGCCCUACCGCGCAAGCAGCGGGACAAAUCUCCCAGCAGCCUCCUGGAGGAGUCGCGUGAGACCACUUUCACGCGGGACCGUAAGGCUGGCUUCUUCAGCUCCUUCAUGAAGAAGAAGUCCUCCUCGCCCACCUCUCACCCGCAGCAGACGCUGCCCAUGCCGCCCAAGAGGAGCAGCUCUUUUAGGGAGAUGGAGAAUCAGCCCCACAAGAAAUACGAGCCAGCAGCUGGCUUUGGCGCUAUACCGCCUCCUGCUGCGCAGGUAGACACCUCUGGCUUCUCACCCUCCCAUGGGGAAACGAGUUCAACCCCGUCACGCUGCUGUGGAGCCAGCUUUGGAUCCAGGAACUCCAGCUGCUCCUCUGCAGUUGGCAGCAGCAGCAGCUGGGCAGGCCUUGCUGGCUUCUUUACACCCCGCCUCAUCAAAAAGACCCUGGGGCUGCGGACAGGGAAGCCGAGUGGGGCUGAGGAUGGGGCUGUGGGAGGGGGGAGCAAGCCCUUCCCCAGGUCUAAUUCCACUUCCUCUAUGUCGGCUGGUCUGCCAGACCUGGACCGCAUGGCCCUGACUCUGCCCAGGAACCGCAGCAAACCCCCACUAGAGCGCACCGCCUCGACUACCUCCCAGCCGGAGAGCGGGAGUUCACGCUGUGGAGAACUUCCUGCCCGCAGGACCGACGAGGGCAGCGCCCAGAUUCGGGAGCGGCAUAAAACUAAGCUGCUGCCCCGGGGAGUGAGUGGCAAUGGGGUUUCUGUAGUUGCUCAGAGAGCACCUGGAGUCGGGGGUGAGGCUGACUCGGACUGCCAUUCACAGGUGAGGGAGGUGUCAGAGUUGGCUGGCCAGGACAGACAGGGUUGGUCCUCCCCCUCCAAGUCAUCAGGGUCUGCCACAUCAACCGCCCCCCACAACCAUAAAGUGCCGGUGCUGAUCUCCCCCACACUGAAGCACAGCCCACCUGACGCUCAUCUUGUGGCCAUGGACUCCCAGGGUAACCGCUUCAAGCUGCUGUCAGAACACCAGGCUGACCGCGACCGGCCGCGGCUAGUCAAGCCUAGGUGUGCGCCCCCACCUCCCCCGAACUUGCGGCUCGUACAGCAGCCACCGUCCUUUUACUGCGGAGAUGAGGGGGAUGAGCUCUCCGGAGAGGUCAAUGGGGAGGUGGGGAAACGACCUGGGAGGCCUGCAGGGUCAUCGGGGGGCAGACCAUCAGUGCCACCGCCGCAAGUGCCUCCAGCAGCCUCGCCCUCGUCGUCAAACUUGUGCUCCUCCGGUAGCACUCCCCAGACUAAGAUGACCAAUGGCGCGCCCCCUCCCACGGCCUCUGCCCCCGCAGGCAGUGGCAAGGUAACCCUGCGACGGGCACGUGCGGACAGGACUCCGCUGGGCCAGGUCAGUAAGGAGGCCCUGCUGGAGUGUGCCGAGGGCCUGAGCAGUGCCCUGCGGGCCAGUCCGGAGCCCUCCUCCAGCAGCCACGUCCUGGACGCUGGACACCAGCUGCUCGACUGCUGCUCAGGCUACGUGGACUGCAUUUCGCAGACGCGCAACAAGUUCGCCUUCAGGGAGGCCGUGGGGAAGCUGGAGCUGAGCCUGCAUGAGCUCCGGGCAUCCUCGUCAGGGGGUGGGGUUGGCGGAGGCACCGUGCCGGGUGCCAGUGUAGUUGUGGACAACUUGCACGCUUGCAUCAAGGAAAUAAGUGAUGUAGUGCAGAGAUAGCUGGCACAAGCCCCAUGUUUUCCCCACACCACCAUUUUGAUGUUUAUUUUUGAAGAUGACGACAAAUCUCAUCCGUACCUCUAACUCCCACAUGUCGAAUUGCACAUUGUUUACAAUCAGCUCUCAGUGAUUAACAUGUCUACGGAGCACUCUUGUUUAGGUCUCCUUGUGUUAGAGGGAAUAUUUAUACUUAACCAGAAAAGGGGUAAAGUGUAUUACUGUACGGAAUGACCUCAUUCUUUCAUGAUGCGGUCAAGAGUGACUAUGUGGAGACUCCGAAAGACUGUGGUCUACAGCUUUAUCAGUAAAGAAGCUUAAGAUCAGUGUGAGAAAUGAAACCUCUGCCCCUUCCUCUGAUCUGGUAUAAAAUAUUACCAUGAACCACAUUUGUUCAGUUCAACUGGACUCCCCGUUAUGAGCCACAGGGCACAAGCUCGAAUAUACCUGUCUGUUGCAUUUGUGUGUGUGUGUGUGUGUGUGU